AGAGAGAGAGACACACACACACACACGCAUACGCACGCAGAGGCACCAGCAGCUGCUUUCUGCUCCACACGGUGUGUAUGUAUGUGUAUACCCCUGAGUGGUGAGGAUGAGGUCGGCUCUCCUCUUCCUCUUUCUCUCCUCACUCUGCUCUCUCCUGCUGCUUUCCCACAUCCCCAUCAUCUCCGCCUGUAACAAAGCUCUGUGCGCCAGUGACGUCAGCAAGUGCCUCCUACAGGGCCUAUGUCAGUGCCGACCAUCAGAAGGAAACUGUUCCUGCUGUAAAGAGUGUAUGCUGUGUUUGAGCACACUAUGGGAAGAGUGCUGUGACUGUGUGGGCAUGUGUAACCCCAGGAACUACAGCGAGACCCCGCCCACUUCUAAAAGCACAGUGGAGGACCUUCAUGCUCCCAUUCCGUCACUCUUCAGGGCCCUCACUGACGGAGACACUCCCAUCAACAUGAUGGUGGUGUCAUUCCCUGUGGCCGAGGAACUCUCACACCACGAGAACCUUGUGUCCUUCCUGGAGUCUCUGCAGCAAGAGCAUCAUAACAUCUCGCUACCUGGGGCGAGCGUCCACGACACUUAUGAUAAAGAUAACCUGUGCACGGUGGUGUAUUUCGACGAGUGUGUGUCCAUACGCCAGUGUAAGCAGUACUGUGAGUCAAUGGGAGCGUCAAAGUACCGCUGGUUCCACAACGCGUGCUGUGAGUGCAUCGGGCCUGAGUGUGUGGACUACGGCAGCAAGGCGGUCAAAUGCAUGAACUGUCUCUUCUGAUAGUGCUGACUCAUAAACACAUACACACACGUUCAUAUGGGCCUGUGUUGGGCCUGUGAUGCCAUUCCAUCUUUUGUUGCUGAUGGCGUGUAAUAUAUCU